AUGUCCACGACGUCAUUGCUUGGCAGAAGCGUCGACAGUGAGUCCAGCUCCCUGGAUGAGGGAUCUAAGUCAGCCUCCGAGAGUAGCAGCAGCACCAGUUCAGAGAGUGUCCAUCCUGCUGAGGAAACCAACAGACUGUCGAUGAUGCAAACCUUGGUCCAUUUAUUGAAAUGCAACAUUGGCACAGGGCUCCUGGGGCUUCCCCUGGCCAUGAAAAAUGCUGGCAUAUUGGUUGGUCCCGUCAGCCUGCUGGUCAUCGGGGUCCUCACUGUGCACUGCAUGCUCAUCCUGGUGAACUGCGCGAAUCACCUCAGUCAGAGACUGCAAAAGCCUUUUGUGAACUACGGAGAGGCCAUGAUGUACAGCCUCGAAACCUGCCCAAACUCCUGGCUGAGGACCCACUCGGUGUGGGGAAGGUACACUGUCAGCUUCUUAUUAAUCGUCACCCAGCUGGGCUUCUGCAGUGUUUAUUUUAUGUUUAUGGCAGACAAUUUACGACAGAUAGUAGAAGAAGCCCAUGUGACCUCCAACAUCUGCCAACCCAGGGAGAGGCUGGUGCUGACCCCCAUCCUGGACAUUCGCUUCUACAUGCUGACCAUCCUGCCCUUCCUGGUCCUGUUGGUGUUAAUCCAGAACCUCAACGUGCUGUCCGUCUUCUCAACUCUGGCCAACAUCACCACCCUGGGGAGCAUGAUUCUGAUCUUUGAGUAUAUCAUGCAGGAGAUCCCAGAUCCCAGCAACCUACCCCUGAUGGCAAGCUGGGAGAACUUCCUGCUGUUCUUCGGUACAGCUGUCUUCACAUUUGAAGGCGUCGGCAUGGUCCUGCCUCUCCAAAACCAGAUGAAGCAUCCACAGUGGUUUUCUUUUGUUCUGUACGUGGGGAUGUCCCUUGUCAUCCUCCUCUUCAUCUGCCUGGGGUCAUUCGGCUACAUGAAGUUCGGGUCGAACACCCAGGCCAGCAUCACCCUCAACUUGCCCAACUGCUGGCUGUACCAGUCGGUCAAGCUGAUGUACUCCAUUGGCAUCUUCUUCACCUACGCCCUCCAGUUCCACGUCCCAGCCGAGAUCAUCAUCCCCUUCGUCACCUCCCAGGUGUCAGAGAGCUGGACACUGUGUGCAGACCUGUCUGUCCGCACAGCCAUGGUCUGUGUGACCUGCGUCUCGGCCAUCAUCAUCCCCCGCCUGGAGCUGUUCAUCUCCCUGGCGAGCUCGGUGAGCAGCAGCGCCCUGGCCCUGAUCAUCCCGCCCCUGCUGGAGCUCAUCACCUUUUACCCGGAGGACACGAGCUGCGCCACCAUCGCAAAGGACAUCCUGAUCAGCAUCGUGGGCCUUUUGGGGUGUGUAUUUGGAACAUACCAAGCCCUCUACGAGUUGACCCAACCCGUCAACUAUCCCAUAACCAACUCCACAGAUGUCCACUCACAUCAUUAUUUAUUUUUAUUCUAAUAGCUCUCCCUCCCACCCCCAGCUUGGCUUCCACUCUGGAUAUUAUAUAUGUUCAUCAAACCCCAACAUCUCUCUAUUUAUUGGUGGCCUCUUUAUCUUUCCAAGAGAAAUGUAGAUGAUGCAAGUCAGUACUGAGACCUCUCAGGGUGUGGUUUUUGGUGUUUUUUUUUUGGCUUUGGAUAUUUUUGGAGGUCUUUUGUACCUCCUAACCAAAACCACAUUCAGCCAUUCAUAUUAUCAGCUUCAUUUAAUGGGAAAAGGGAUGCCAUUUGCCUGUGAUAUCCCUGGAAACAGAGACAACACAUUAUUUGUAAAUGCAAAAGCAAUUGUCUUCUCUAUGGGCAGUAGCUGCCCUCAAAGCAUCAGCUUUAGAAAAGUGUAUGUUGGGGAAGAGGGUUUUCUAGUUAGAUGUUCUUCUAAGUAGAAGAGCCACAGACAGAACAAAAUAGAACUUAGCAGUAAUUUUAUCUGACCAUUGGCUCUGCCGCUUAUUCCUAUGGGAUCUUGGGCAAAUUCCUCCCUCUCUCUGUCUUAGUUUUCCCAUCUGUGAAGUUGGGGAUUGGACUAUAAUUGUUAAGGGCUUUUCUUUCUUGGACAUUCUGAAAGUGGAAAAAAGAAGAUAAUUAUCCUUUAACCACAUGUGUGAAAAUUGGUUUUCCAUCAGCAAGUUACCCUGUUGCUCUGGAGAUGUGGGCAUACCAGAAGUAGGUUAACGAUAAAAACAAAUCUCUUAGUGAUCUUUCAUCAUUAUGGUGACUUUCCUACCUAAAAAGACAUCAUCUAUCUAUCUAUCUAUCUAUCUAUCUAUCUAUCUAUCUAUCUAUCAUCUAUCUAUCUAUCUAUCUAUCUAUCAUCAUCUAUCUAUCAUCUUUUAUUUCCUUCUCAGAUAUCUUAAAGCCACUUAGAGCUGAUUUAGGCUGGAAGGGCUGAGAGGUUUGUGUGGGGGAACAGGAUUUUGUCAUGUACAAGGACUACUGACCUACUUUUAAAAACAGCACUUAGUUGUGGGAAGGGUUUUGAAAAACAGUCUUAUACUCUGCAAAUGGGAGUAUACAUUGUUAUGGCUUUACUGAAGGACAAUUUUACAAUAUAUGGGUAGCCCUCUGACCCACUAAUUUCACUGGGAAUUUAUCCUAAGAAUCUUUGGUGUUUGCAAAAAUUUAUGCAAAAGGAGAGUUUGUGUUAUUUGUAAUAGUAAAAAGUUGGAAACAGACAACAUUAGGUUGAAUUACGAUUCAUCCUGAAUAAAAUGCUAUAAUGCCCCCAAACUUUGCAAAAAUGUACCUAUGGAUAUGAAAAUAUAUUUGUGGUUUAUCAGUGGAAGAAAGUAGAUUAAAAACACUGUAUGAACCAAAAGUAGACAAAGACAUUAUAAGAAAAUGAAGCCUCAGACCAAAAUGCUUCACGAACAUAGAUGUAAAAAUUCUAAACAAAAUCUUAUCAAAUCAAAUUCAACAAUAUGUUAAAAGGAUAGUAUGUCAUGACCAAGUGGGAUUCAUCCCAGGAAUACAAGAUUGGCUUAAUAUUUGAAAAUCAACACAACUCACCAUAUUAACAGACUAAAAAGGAAAAAAAUAUGUGAUAGUUUCAAUAGACACAGAAAAAGAAUUUGGCAAAAUCCAAUGUCUAUUCCUAAUAUAAAGCUCCCAGCAACUAGGAACAGAAGGGAAUUUCCACAGUGGGUAAAGGCACUAUGAAAAAUCUACAGCAAACAUCACACCCGCUGGGUAAGGACUGAAUGAUUUUCCUGUAACAUCAGAAAC